AUGCAGAAGGAGCCCAGCCCGCUAGUGCCUUUACAUUGGUUUGGUUCUGGCUAUGCAGCACUGGUUGCUUCUGGCAGGAUCAUUGGCUAUGUAAAAGCAGGUAGUCUCCCAUCUGUCCCUGCUGGGCUCUUCUUCCGGGGUUUAGCAGGCUUGGGUGCUUAUCAGCUGUCUCAGGAUCUGAGGAACAUUUGGGUUUUCCUAGCUGCAUCUGGAACUUUGGCUGGCAUUAUGGGAAUGAGAUUCUACCACUCUGGAAAAUUUAUACCUGCUGGCUUAAUUGCGGGUGUCAGUUUGCUGAUGGUCACCAAACUUAGAAUUAGGAUGUUCAGUAGAUCCCAUCAAUCAUAG